UUUGACUGUGAGAGGUCGGCCAAGCUCGUUCACCAUGAACAAGCUGAUUCUACUUGCAGGUCUCUGUCUUUCACUUGGCAGUUUGGUGUCAUCUGCCAGACUGGUGUGUUAUUUCACUAACUGGUCCCAGUACAGACCUGGCAAUGGGAAGUUUAUGCCGUCGGACGUUGAUCCAAACCUGUGCACCCACCUGAUCUACGCCUUUUCUGGUAUUAAUGAUGCAAAUGAGUUGGUCACCAUAGAAUGGAAUGAUGAGGAACUCUAUAAAUCAUUUAAUGGACUCAAACAGAGGAAUCCAAAUCUUAAAACACUGUUGGCAGUUGGUGGCUGGACCUUUGGAACACGAAAAUUCACUACGAUGGUGUCAACUGAAGCAAACAGAAAUACAUUCAUCCAGUCUUCUAUCAAACUAUUGAGAAAACAUGGUUUUGAUGGAUUGGACCUGGACUGGGAAUACCCUGCUGCCAGAGGAAGUCCACUGGAGGACCGGCAGAGAUUCACUGUGUUAUGCAAGGAACUCCUGGAGGCCUACGAGGCCGAGAGGACAGCGACUGGCAAACCCAGAUUAAUUAUCUCUGCUGCUGUGCCUGCUGGGAAAGGAACCAUCGAUGCUGGCUAUGAAAUUGCAGAGUUGGCAAAGUACCUGGAUUUUAUCAAUGUGAUGACCUACGAUUUUCACGGCACCUGGGAAAGUGUGACGGGACAUCACAGCCCGUUGUACAAAGGAUCCCAUGACACCGGGGAACAUGUUUACUUGAAUACUGACUUUGCCAUGAAAUACUGGCGGGACAAGGGAACACCUGUGGAAAAGCUCAAUAUGGGAUUUGCCACAUAUGGGCGAACAUUCAGACUGUCGACUCAGUCCAGUGCGGUCGGAGCACCAAUCAGUGGUCCCGCGGCUGCAGGUGCUUUCACGAGGGAGGCUGGCUUCUGGUCCUAUUAUGAGAUUUGCACUUUUCUUCAAGGGGCCAGUGUCCAGUUGAUUGAGGAUCAGAAAGUUCCCUAUGCCACCAAAAACAAUGAGUGGGUCGGAUAUGACAACAAAGAAAGUUUUGAGACUAAGGUUCGUUACCUAAAAGACAACCGGUUUGGAGGAGCCUUUGUCUGGGCUCUGGAUCUGGACGACUUCCAAGGACAGUACUGUCAACAAGGAAACUACGCCCUCAUCAAUUAUCUUCGUUCUCUUUUGGCUUUAGAUCUUCCUCCCCUCCCCACCACAGAAACGCCUCCGACUCAAGUCAUUCCAACCAAAAAUCCUCCAUACGUAACAUCUCAUCCCACACCAGUGAUCCCCACAUCACCCAAAACUCCAGACAGCAACUUCUGUGCUGCAAAGGCGGGAGGGAUUUAUGCCAAACAUGAUUCCCCAAGUUCUUUUUACAGUUGUGCCAACGGCAUCACGUGGAUCCAAAACUGCCCCGCUAAUUUAGUCUUCCGCCAGAGCUGCAAUUGUUGUGACUGGCCCUAAAAGCUGCAACACUGUUUUUCAUUUAUGCUGUGGUUAUUAAUAGUGAGGUUUUUAAAAAAAUCAUUACGUACAGCAAUUUACAGUAUGGUAAGUAAACUAUGGGUGCACUAUAUAGGGUAUAAAAAAGGUAACAUUUGGAUGGCACAACAAAAUGUAAAAGAUUGUCAUGUCGGUCAAUAUCAUUAAUUAUAUUAUAAUAAGAAUUGCUAAUUCUUUGAUUUUGUCAUUAUCUCCUCUUAUUCUGAUUUUAUUAUAUUGUAGAGCGCUCUGCUCCACUCUGGUCAUUUUUUAAAUAGGCUUUGUAGAUAAACUUGAUAUGAUUUGCUAAUGAGAAGAAAGAUCUUGGCACGAGACUGGACGAACACAUGACAUCUAAACAGGCUCUAAUGUUCGAGUUCGAUCUGCACUGUGGAACUCCACAUCUACAAUUCAUGUGUGUACCUGAAUACGCUUCUGGUGUUUGUAGUUUCUGUCGACAUAAAAGUUCUAACUCUGUUCAGCAUGCAGAUACUCUGUCUCUUUUGGAAUUCCAUUCAUAUAUUUCUGUUCCAGUCAUUAGGGUCCAUACCUGCAGUCAGUGUCCUCAUUACCUCUAUCAAGUACAUGUUUACCUCCGUCGAAGAGGUUGUGUUUUAGUCUGUGUUUC